AUGGGUGACCACGAAAACCUCGCUGUCCACAGCAGCAAGGACGAUGCACCUCGCCAACUCCAUCUUACAGCAUUUAUGCGCCCUGUCUCCCUCCACACUGGUGCAUGGCGAUACCCUGGCGCGUACCCGGACGCCAACUUCAACCUCUCACACCUUAAAUCCUUUAUUAAGAAACUGGAAGAUGCCAAAUUCGACGCGUUCUUCAUGGCCGAUCAUCUUGCCGUUCUGAACAUGCCAAUUAAGGCACUGAAGCGAAGCCAUACGGUCACUUCGUUCGAGCCGUUCACUCUUCUCUCCGCUCUCUCACAGGUCACAGACAAGAUCGGUCUGGCGGCGACGGCAUCAACAACCUACGACGAGCCGUACCACAUUGCACGUCGCUUCGCCUCUCUCGAUCACAUUAGCAACGGUCGUGCAGCAUGGAAUAUUGUCACAACCGGUAACCCAGAAUCAGCAAAGAAUUUCGGCCGUGACGAGCACAUGGAUCACUCGGAUCGUUACAAGCGUGCACGAGAAUUCUACGAUGUGGUUACAGGUUUGUGGGACAGCUUUGCAGAUGAUGCAUUCGCUCGCGACGUUGAGUCCGGCACGUAUGUCGAUCCAGACAAGAUCCACGUCUUGAACCACGUAGGGGACGAGCUGAAGGUCAGAGGACCACUGAACAUCGCGCGACCCGUUCAAGGUUGGCCGGUCAUUGUGCAAGCCGGUCAGUCCGAGCCUGGAAAGCAGCUUGCCGCAGAAACAGCCGAAGCCGUGUUCUGUUCACCGAAAGACAUCGAAUCCGCGAAAGCAUUAUACACUGACAUUAAAGGGCGUGCUGUUGCUGCUGGCCGCAAUCGCAAUCAUAUCAAGAUCUUGCCUGCUGCUUUCAUUGUUGUAGGUGACAGUAUCCAAGAUGCACAAGAGAAGCGACUCAAGCUCGACAGCUUAGUUCACUACGACAGCGGUAUUGCUUCAUUGUCAAUCGCACUCGGCACAGAUGCAUCCAAGUUCGAUCCGGACGGGCCACUACCCGCUGACAUUCCUGAGACCAACGCGAGCAAGACCAGUCGUGCAGGGGUUUUGAAAGUCGCUGCGGAGGAAGGCUUGACAGUCCGACAGCUUGCACAGCGACAAGGAGGGUAUUCUGGACUUGCAUUUGUGGGGACGCCUGAGAGCAUUGCGAUGGCAUGCAGCAGUGGUUGGAUGAAGAGGCUUGUGAUGGCUUUACCAUUGCACUGCCGUUCUUGCCGCAAGGUCUGGACGAUGUGA